UACAAAUCUUCUCUGUAUAAUUACUUGGAGUAUCAGAGCGAUUCCAGCAUACGUAUCCAGAGUACUAAGAAUAUAUUCGAUUCCUUUAAGAGCUUCAAGAAAGCUUUCAAGGAAAUCUUUGGUAAUUUCAACGAAGAAUACAUUAUAGCUCAGCAGCUCAUGAAUCUCAAGCAAACCAAGUUAGCUUCUGCUUAUAUAGUUAGAUUUAAGCAAUUCUUAGUACAAUUUCUGUAA